GCGCCUUCUGCGCAGUCAAUAUGACGCAAUGAUUUUUAACUGCUGGGGUUUUAUUUACACCUGAAAUAUCCAAGUGACAAAUACCUGAAAGAUGGCCAGUAUGUCAAGAAUUGAUGGGGAUAGAGUUUGUUGCUAUGCACAUCCAGAUGCACCGUUGAUUGAGGAUUACAGGGCUGGUGAUCAGAUUUGCUCAGAGUGUGGACUAGUUGUUGGUGAUAGAGUUAUCGAUGUCGGAUCCGAGUGGCGAACAUUUAGCAAUGAAAAGUCAGGGGUUGAUCCCUCUCGUGUGGGAGGACCUGAAAAUCCUCUCUUCAGUGGCAAUGAUUUAUCCACCAUGAUUGGUCCUGGCACAGGUGCAGCUUCCUUCGACGCUUUUGGCAGUGCGAAAUAUCAGAAUCGACGCACUAUGAACAGUUCUGACAGAGCCUUGAACAACGCGGUUCGUGAGAUAACAGCCAUGGCAGAUCGUAUAAACCUUCCAAAAACAAUUGUCGAUCGUGCAAAUAAUCUCUUCAAGCAAGUCCAUGAUGGUAAAAACCUGAAAGGUCGUUCGAACGACGCCAUUGCCUCAGCCUGUCUAUACAUAGCUUGUCGUCAAGAGGGAGUUCCUCGUACCUUCAAGGAGAUCGUUGCAGUCAGCAAAAUCAGUAAAAAAGAGAUUGGUAGGUGCUUCAAGCUCAUCUUGAAGGCCCUCAAGACCAGUGUCGAUCUCAUUUCAACGGGCGACUUCAUGUCGAGAUUUUGCGCCAAUCUGGGGCUUCCUAAUAUGGUCCAGAGGGCUGCCACACAUAUCGCCAGGAAGGCGGUUGAAAUUGAUAUCGUACCUGGCAGAUCUCCCAUUUCAGUAACUGCAGCUGCUAUCUACAUGGCUUCACAGGCCUCGGAGGAGAAGAGAUCACAGAAAGACAUCGGUGAUGUUGCUGGAGUGGCUGAUGUGACAAUCAGACAAGCUUACAAGCUCAUGUACCCUCAUGCUGCUAAGCUCUUCCCUGAGGACUUUAAAUUCGCCACACCCAUCGAUCAAUUGCCCCAGAUGUAAAGAAUUGCUGGUAAAAUUGUCCUUUACUUACAUUCCCGGCAAACUCACGAAACCAGAGCGCUCUAGAAAAAUUGAACCUUAAUUCGGGAGAAGGUUAACGUUGUUAUUAGACUGAAUAAGGAAUGGAUAUUAAUUUAAAACUUGAAAAAUACGAGACGAUAUCGUGGGGCUUCUCAUCGUCUAGCACACCAAUUGAAGUAUAUUGUUAAAAUAAUCCACAAAUAAGCUCAGUUAACGAUAAAACCUGCAUCAUUUUCUAAGAUUCCCCUAUUCUUCAAAUAUCAAACUAAAAAAAAAUCCACUUUUUCCUCUAUCCUUAGUGCUCACCUUAAUCAUUAACUUUCAUUGAUGGUGAAUGGGUUCAUUACUAGUUUAAUUAUGAAAAAUGUUUAUGAAAGAAGGUAUUUUCUGAUUGGAGUACAAUCGAUAUUGUAUUUUUAUUAUUGUACGGAAAUACGAAUUUGUAAAGAGGCAAUAAAUAUUGCAUAAUUUCCAUUGUAUA